CUCGUCGUGGAAGAAUUAUGACAUAGAAACUUUUACGAUUUGGAGAUUGUAAAGAUUUACUGUAGUUGUCAAAACUAUGGAGGCUAACAACACGAACCGGGCCCCGCCGGAGAGUCGUCCUGUGCCUGCUGGAUCCCUCAGCUCCGACCCGUCCGGCCCGACGCAAUUGCCGCCGCGACCACCACUAGUCAGGACAGACUCGAGAUCUGCUUUUCCGCCGCAAGGAUUGCGACCUAAUCUCCCACCUCAGGGCCAACAGAGGCCACAGUUCCAGCCCGGCGGGCCGGUGACCAACCCGCCGCAGUACGCUCCUCGGCCGGGCACGCCAGCACCGCGAGGCCCCGCACCUCCAGGCGCACCGGGAGCACCGCAAACGCGCCCCCAGCCACCACCUCUGCGCCUUGUUGGUCCACAAUCAUUUGCACCACAACAAGGUCCUAGACCCUUGCAGUCACCCACCUCUGGUCAACCUCCGCAAAGAGUUCCACCACCAAAUAACCUUCAAUUUGGGCCAAGGCAACCUCCACAAUUUGGUGCCACUACUCCUGAAGGUGCUAGACCACAGUAUAUGCAACAGCCUAACGGAACACCAAAGAACGGUGUUGGCCCAGGACCUGCGCUAAUAUCUGGGCAGAUACCCAGACAGCCAUCGCAAGGCUCCAUAAGAGGGCCUGAUCCAUCUAACACGUACCAGAACAAACCAGUCAAUCUGGAUACCCAGGGAUUUAAUGAAAACCCAAAUGCCAUCAAGCCAGAAAAUGGCAGCGAUGUGGCUGGAAUGGCUAAGGGCAGAAGUUAUAGCAUUGCAGCUGCUCCAGGAGCACCAAGUCCACUCAAAAUGGAAGAUGAUAGGCGAAAAUCAGUAAGCUCUAUCGGAGGCAAGAUCGAAGAAUUUGCUAGUCGUCCUCCAGGUCUGGGUUUAAUUCAAGAAAAAAAUGAUAGCAGGGAUAACAUUCGGGGAUCUAAAGAAAGUGUCAAAUCUGAAGUAUCAAAUGACGCGGGCAGAGACUUUAUCCCUGAACGCCCAGAGUCUCGCCUGUCAGGAUCUAAAAUGACAGAGUCUUUUAUUGGUUCUUUACCCACUUCGACUCCAAAGAAAAGGUUUGACGAUAAUGAUGACGUUGUUUUACAAAGUAAUUUGCCACCGACAAAAAUAGGUUCAGAAAUUCCUCAUAAUCAGAGAGAUUUAUCUGAACGAUCACCAUCGUUGACACGUAGCGAUGAUUCCCCAGAAAUCAAACAGAAUUCGACUUCAAGUGCCAUAUCGAAUAAAUCUCAAAGCGUAACACCAGAACCACAACGCCCAAAGACACCAAAAGUUGAUGUGAAGCACGAUCCAAAAACUGAGGCCAAACCAGUGGUUUCUAGCAAAACGCCUCCUAAAUCUCCAAUGCAAGAUUCAAAGCCACCAAUGUCAGCAAACAAAAAACCAAACGAGCUUAAUACUUCAUCUCCCAUUCCAGCAGACACUAAAAAAUCUACUCCGCGAAAAACAUCUUCUGCGCCUAAAAGCAGACCGAAAGAUGGCGAUAAUGACAGUGGGGUAGACGAGUCUACUCAAGGCAAUGAUCUCAAUGGCUCUCCCGGAUCUCCAAACAAGAAACUUCCGAGUAAGCUGCCUACCAAAGAGAAAUCGAGUAACAGUAUUAAAACAAGUCUUUCUCGAUCUUCAAGCAAAAGCGCUGCUGCCAAAACUCCGGAAAAUCCACCCCCAGUUGAAAAGAAGAAAGUACCAAUGAAUAAGGUACAAGUUGGCAACGCACCCUCACCUAACAUUAAGGCAGUUAAGUCGAAAAUCGGUUCUUUGGACAACACGUCCUACAAGCCAGGAGGUGGGAAGGUCAAAAUCGAGAAUAGGAAACUUGAAUUUGGAAAUGUUACACCUAGGAUUGCAGCAAAAAAUGAUGCAUAUGCUCCAAGUAGCGGCGGCAAGAAGAUUACAACUACUAAGUUGGAAUGGAACGCAAAAUCGAAAAUUGGAUCUUUGCAAAAUACUGCAUACAAGCCGGGUGGUGGUGACAAGAAAAUCGAAACCGUGAAGCUGGAUUUCAAGGACAAAGCUAAGCCCAAGGUUGCGUCCACAGCCAACAUCCACCACAAGCCUGGCGGCGGCGCUAUCAAGUCAACAGCCAAGAACGGAGCAAAAUCAAUCGAAAAUCAAAAAUUGGAAUUCAAAGCACAAAGUAAAGUUGGAUCCCUGGACAAUGUAAAGCACAAACCUGGAGGUGGCGAAAUCAAGAUAUUCGACGACAAAGACUACAUCAAGCAAAUGACGGGCGUGUCGCCCGUGCCGAGCAGCCACACCACCUCGCGCCAGGAGCCUGAGUAUCUAUACUCAUAUUACUGAAUAACUGCAUACAUUAGUUGCAGAGCCCAGUACCGCCGGCAACGCAACCUCCAAAAUCUGAGAAAGAUGAGAACUUGAAUCAGCAGCCGUGUUAAGAACAUACUCUGAAGAUUUCAAAUUCUCGACAGCCGACUAACUUUAACCAAGAGUCCACAAACUUUUUGUAUAUUUUUUAUAUUUGUUGAUAAUUAUAUUUGAAGUAUUUACCCCGUUUGAGUGGUUAUAGGCGCGUUUGUUUCAAUAAUGAUUGUUAGUGAACUUGGCAACACCUGUGUCAAUGAUUUAGCAUAUCCUUCUAGACAAAUAAUUAAUUGAUUUAUAAAUGUGUUUCAUCCUAUUUGUGAGUACACGUGUUAUUACAAUAAAUAUUGUGUUUUGUUAAGAACAAUAUUUUAAUUUAAUUUUGAUUAUCUACACUAGGUAAAGUGUCCUGAGUGCCAAUAGUGAUAGCAUAAUACGAGCAUCUUCGUCGCUGUUCUUGGAUUUUUGAAUUGUAUCAAAACUUUUACCUAGAAUUGAAAUAGAUGUCUUAGCAAUCGAGCACUUGUCACCUUUUGAAUUGUUAUUACCUCGAACAUACUUAACAUAUUUUAUUGUAUUUUAAGCAAUAGUAGCACCAGUACUGUAUCUGCAUUAUGUUGUGUAUAGUAUAGUGAUAUUGUAUAUAUCUACUAUUAUUCGUAUUAUUAGAUAUGUACUGAAGCUUUGUUAUCACUGUUCUUUUUACUUUCAGUACUAGUAUAUGUAGUUUGUAUGCACUGACAGAGUCUAAGCUAAGUAUAAUUUGGAGUGUAUUGAGCAGGGUUCUUGACACAGCGCCCCGGUCUCUACUUGUGAUAUUACAAGCCUAUCAAACUAUUUAGACUUCCCCAAGUAGGUAUUCAUUUUUUUACUGCAAUACACGCUUCCGUAACUUUUGAAUCUACAUAAGCUUUUGGUAUUUUUAUAACAUGCUGUGGCGAGAACAAAAGUGGGCUCGAGAUUGACUGACCAGAUUUAUUAUUAGGAUAAUAUUAUUAAUGUUUUAAAUGUAACAGUAUACAAGUGAUUAGACAUAGAUAGCGCGUAUUAAUUCAAUGUUGCAGCUUUUUAGUCACAAAAUUUAUGCAUUAUACAUAUAUACCUAAUUAAGGUUGACUGUUGCAGUUUAAUUACUUGGCUAUCGUUUACCUAAUUACCUUAUUAUUUUUUGUAACGUGCUCGUUCAUAUAUUCGUGUAUAUUUUUACUGAAUGCAGUAACUACUUAAGUACCUACACGGAGUUUAAUGUAAAUUUUAUCUAAACUUAUAUACUAGUUAUUACUUACAGUAGUUUUCGAUGACUAGAAUAUUUUGUGAAAUCAGAUGACGUGCUAUGUAAUUGGAAACCAUUUAAUACAAUUUAACACCAG